AUGGAGCACGGUUUCCUGACCAACUCCAUAAAGUGGAUGCCGCGCGGCACUAUCAUGCUUUCCGGGCACGGGGCCGGCUACGAAGCGCGGCUUAGCGACGCCAAGGAGUUCAAGCAGCUGAAAACAGAGCAGCUUCAGCAGCUCAUCUCCGAGGCGGCGAAGGAACACCAGUACUAUGCCAUUCGCAUGUACAACCCAGAGAACCCCAAGAGAGUUCUGCAGGCCUCCAUUCCCGCGAAGCUCCUGGCGGAGCACUUCGAGGAUUGGCACGACAUCCUCGAGGUCUCUGUGAGCGACGCUGGCAUCCCAGUAGGCCUCUCAUACAGAGUACGCCACACUCUGGGCUUGAUGCUCUUCGACCAUACUCAGGUGCAUCUCUCGGAGCCUAGCCGGCUGGAGGGACCCAGGGUGCCGCCGCCUGUGAGGGAUGGCGAUGGCAACAUCAAGCCUGGUGGUGGGGAGCAGCAGCAGCCUUCCUUCCUGCGCAAGUACUGGUGGGUCAUCGCGAUCGCCGUCCUGCUCAUGUCCAGCAUGGGAGAUGACGGCUCUGGUGGCAAGGGCAAGGGUGGCGGUGGCGGCGGUGGCGGAGGCGGCGGCGGAGGUGGUGGUCGCCGUGGCUGA